UUUUUAACAAGCCUGUUGUCUUCGUCACAUCAUUCCCGGCCUCCUUUGUUUUCCGCUCCUUCUUUGUUAUCUGGAAUUACCAAGCCAAAUCUUCUUCUACAUGACAUCGUCUCCUGCACAAUCAAUGCACAAUCAAUGUCAACCCUAAGCGGAUCUUCCGCUCAGUCUGCUCUCUGGUCAACUCUCUCCUCUAUUGUUAGCAUCCCUUACAAAAUAUACAACAGUACUCGCGUCUUUUACCAAGAAUACAAGCUAUGGUACGACACGAAUCAACCACUAUUCAUCUUCGAUACCGAAAUGUCCCUCGAAUGGGCAAGGAUCAAGACAAAUGGCGAGUUGCGUACCGACAAUCCUUGUAUUGAGUAUUAUUAUUUUGCUGGUGAUCCAGACCCUGAGCGCACCGAUUACCAUUUUAUGCGCUUCACAUUGGAGGAUGGAACAACGUUGGAGCGGAAGGAGUACUGCAAGGCUUGGGCGGUGACAAAGCAGGCUGUGAUCUUUUUCGAGGGGCUCCAGGAAUCUUUGAAGGCAUGGGAAAAUCCAGCAGAACCCAAGUAUGGGGAUCAAAUGCUCAGAGUGGGUGCGAUAUUGAAAAAAUGGGAGGCUUAUCUUGAUGAAUUAACUUUCUCGAUGCGUACCCUGAAGGUGUGGGAGCGUGAACAUUGCGUUCCCGAGAAAUGGGCUGCUAUACCUCCAUAUGAUUAUGACAAUCCUCGUAUUUUCCCAUUCGCAACAAUAAACAGUGCUGGGAAACGAGAAACCCGUCAUCUCACACCUUUGUUUAUUCCUCUCUCAAAACAUGUAAUAAAGCUUCACGAGGAAGGAUUUGAUGAGGAAUGGUUUGAUCUUUGGGAUAGGCUGAAGCCAGAUCCAGAGAAAUUUGCACCCUAUCAUCUACCUCUGGAUAGACCUUGGCCAUAUAAGGAUAUUGCUCUGAGGAGGAAGAAGGUUACUGGUGAGAAUCGAGAGCGAUGAUGAUACACAGUUGUACCAAAUAAUGUUGGUGAGGGGAGGACGUGAGAGGACGCCGACUACUUUAUAACGCUAUUUUUAAUUGUAUUUAGUAAAGGGAAAGCCGCAAGGUCAUGCUUUAGAUUAGCACCGUCUACAAGCCGUCAGGCAUGACUCUUGACAAACUUUUCUUCAUCUCGGUGAUAGAGCGUAGGGAAACUCGACGAGUUGAAGAGGUCAUUGGGUGCGAAAUAUCUCACAAGGCCGGGAUGAGACAGGUGGAGAAUCGGGUCCUAGAAUUGAAAGCAAAGUCCAAGGUGUAGGUCAAAGGGGAAGGAUAAGUAGCCUCGGAGCCGGUAAGGGCUGAGAAGAGAAUCAAAUCGUCGCACCCCGGUAGUGUGACUCAUCCAAAGCGCUCAACACCAGCUCCCUUACACUAUUUCGGCUCUCCGUAUUCGGUUGAAGAUAUCUAUCGAUUGCAUCAUCCAUCCCUAUCGGUUCGUCUUGACUUCCUCUCCCACCUUGGGUGUAUACCAUCUCCAUCCAUUGGUUGACUUCUGGGUAUUCUGAACGGAUUGACGGGCAAAGCGAGAUGAAUGCGUCAGUGUUACCUGUCUGGGUGGUUGAAAAGCGGAUUUGGACUACUGUAUCUGCGUCGUCUCCAUUUUCAUUACGUCGCGUCUCACUGCCAGUAAAGUCAGAGCGGGAGAAGUCACUUUCAAGAAAAAUUGGAACAAAGAAGCUUUGCUGCCCAAGUGAUUCUGCACCGUUUUCCCCAUUAUAAUUCGAGGCGGAUGUGCUUGAAAACUGACUGACUUCCUCAGUUGUCGGAUAGGGGAAGGGGUUCUUCAAAUCUUCCAGUGAGGGGCCACCAGCAACGGCCAGGUAGUUCGGAUAAGUGACGAAAUCUACUGCCACAAUUAGGGUCUCGUCUGAUGUUUCGACAUUGCUGCGUCGGGAAAGAUCGUUGGAUCGCCAGGGGCGAACCGAGCGCAGUAGGUCUGAGCGGUUUCCAUCAAAAUUCCUGCCUCUAUCUGCUGGGUUCCCUCAUAUUGUCCGGCGUGUCCUUGUUUGUAAACUAAAGGGAUUACGUCUACGGGGACGCACGGACUCAACGGAAAACUGUAUUGGGCGAUUCAUGUUGAAAAGUAGUGACAAGUGCGAGAUUUGUUUGAGGGAUUUGGGGUUAGUUGAGCUCUUUUUAUUAGUAUAAUUGAUAUGCCCCGAGUUCCCAGGUCGAAACAAAGGCCAUAGAUAAAAACACAAUGCGCACCUUUGUCUGCUAGAGGAAAGGACUUGUGAACUCCUAUCUUGCAGCAUAUUCUAUAUUCACGAUUGCCGCGCGCGGUCGCAUACUCGCACAGCUUCCAUAAUUAUAGCGUGAUAACCUAUUGCGUGCGUCUACAUAGCAGGAGGACAUGGGACAGAAUCUCGAAAGCAGUUUCGCCUCUUGCCUUGUUGCCUUUGCCAUGCACUCACGCCGAGUGGCUAUGCAAUAAUCGCAUUUAUAGAAAAAUCUUGUGUGGGAUUUGAACAUUUAUACGGUUCAUUCAGAUUAGCCGCGAUUACGCCUCGGCACCGCUAUUAUUGGCCGAUUUCCAUCUCGUUCCUCUUUCU